AUGUAUACUGACCCAAGUGAUCCUAAUACUGCUAUUGAGACAUACACUUUCAAGUUCAGCUAUUCCAAACAUGGACCAGAUGUUGAUAUCUACAGGAAUAAAGAGAAGAUUACAGGGGCUCACACAGAGGCCCAGACCAAGAGAGCAACCCUUCAACUCCUCAGGACCAUCUUAGUACUGACACAGUCCCUCAAGCUUCUCCCUGAUGAUGUCAUGAUGACUAUGAAACUACUUUACUAUGAUGAUGUAACGCCUAUGGACUAUGAACCUCCCGGUUUUCAGGCAUCUGAGAGCGAUACCUUCAACUAUGAAGAUGAACCUAUCAACCUCAGGGUUGGAGAGGUCACAACGCCCUUCCACACGGUGAAACUUCGGAUAACGACCGACAAGAAGCAGUUUGACAUGAAGACAUCAGGAGAAGAAGGAGCAGAGGAAGAAGAGAUGGAAGAGAAGGAGAUGGAUAGCGAGCAAAUGAAGGAUCAAGAACAAACAGAGAUGGAUGAGAAAGAGAAGAUCUGUGAAGAGGAAUCUGAAUUGAAAGAAGGUCCCAAGACUGCUGAGGAUGUACCGGACAGCAGCCCUAAUGUACCAGGAUCUGUAGAUGAGGCUUCACAGAGCAGUAAGACUGGUGAGGAAGAAGGCGAUGUAGAGGGAGAUGUUGAGGAAGAAGCCAUUCCCCAAUGUCCAUGUGGAUGCAAUGAGGAUGAUGGUCUGAUGAUUCAGUGUGAGAAGUGUCACUACUGGCAGCAUGCAGUCUGUUUCAUGAUACUACACGAAGAUGACGUCCCAGAGAAACACUACUGCAACCAAUGUGGCAGGAUUGGAGAUCCCAGCUGUGAACCAACGGACCCUUACCUCAGCAAAAUAGACCCUGCCGAGGUCAGGGCCGCCUGCCUCUGGCGGCGCACACUGGAAUCAGGUAAAGACAUGGACAGGGUGACAGCACCAACCUUGGCCAAACGGCUGGGGGUGGAGAUCGGGGUAGCCCAGACCCUUCUCAACAGGCUGGAGAAGGAAGGAUACUGCAAGGUGGAUGCUAAGAACAAGAGGCUGGUGAAGAUCGUGGACCAGGAAAGAAUCUUGAAGCACGGCUUCCAGAAAUACCUGAGUAAACAAUCCCCAAGAGAAGAACAACUGGAAGAUAUGGAGGCUGAGCUAGUGGAAGAGAAGGAAGUAAUGGAGAAUAAGAAGAACAAGACAAGUCUCCAGCGCAAGAAAGGUGUCAAAAGAUCUGAGGUGGAGAGGUUAACCGACCAGGCUGCAGAUCUUACUGUAUCAGGAACUAGGACCCGGUCUAAACACUCGUCAGGACCAGGAACUCUCAUGCAGGUUGAGGAAUUAUCAAAGCAAACAAGGUCUAAAAAGAGGAGUGCCGCUUCCCUAGAUGGGAAACAUAACUUUGAGUUGGCCGGCAGUCAGGAACCGGAUGGCGGCCGGGAGCGUAAGAGGCGCAAGUCUAGCAUUGUCAAUAAUCCGGUCCUUGCCUAGAUCAUAACCAGAAACAUCUUUCAUUCCACUUCAACAUUGCUCAGGACAGGUCAUUAGAACCAGAAGACAUAGAAUGUAAUGUAUGUGGUUUUAUAAUUACAGAAAUCCCAGCUAUUCUUUGUUUGGAGGACCAAAAUCAGUUAAAAUAUUGAUAAACCUGACAAGUUUUGUAAGAUCCAAGAUCUCUUGUAAAUUCUAUCUUGCAUAGAUGUAUAGACUGAUGUGUGUUUAUGUAUGUAUAGACUGAUGUAUGUUUAUUCUAUCUACAAGCCAUUCUGAAAUGAAGAUACACCAAAGAAUUUCUGAAAUAAAGAUGCACUGUCAAACCCCCCCCCCCAAAAAAAAAAAAGGUUGAAACUUACUUUUUUAAGAAAAUAAAGAGUAGAGGUUCUUGUGGAUGCACACUUUCUAGUUAGUUGUUUCUAGUAUAAAAGUUACCAUUACGGUAACUUGCCAUGCAAUGGUAACUUGCAUGGAAUCCUUGAUUCUGAUUGGCUGUUGAUCAGCAUUACUAUGGUAGUUACCAUUGGAUGGCAAAGUUACCAUGAUAGUAUACAAAUAGCGAAUAGGCAUGAGUGCGAUGGUGCGAGAUUUCGCAUGAGGUGAAAGAAAGAUGCUCUAUUCAACGAGGCGUGAGCACGAAUAAGAAUAUUCGCUAUUUGUGUUGUACAACGCCUGGGAAUUUAGCGAAAAUAUGAAAAAACAAAGAGUUUAUCCCUAUAGUAAUCUAUGAAAAGGGAGCAAAAAUACCGAAAGCAGAAAGCAAAAUCCCACAAGCGCACAUGACCUUGGGCAGCCUUGCGCAUUUAGCCAGCUGGCUUAUACGCGUAUUGUUCAUUUUUACCGAGCGCAAUGAAUUAAAUCGUAUUGUGACGUCACCUCCUAAAGCCGUGCAACGGUACAUUUUGGAUUGUACGUCUUUGAGUGCAACGGUACCAAUGUUUGACAUUCAGCCUCCCAUUUGCACGCGUACAACAAACUAAGUAGGCGUUGUACAAUAGUUACCAUUGGAUGGUAAAGUUACCAUGAUAGUAACUUUUAUGCAACUUGGCCCAGUGCUGUCAUGAUGAAACACAUCAAAUUUACAACCU